AUGACUUACGACAGGCUAAUAGAUUAUGCUGUUAAUGCCAUUGCUCAAAUUCUACCUUUGGAUCAUGACACGUGUCUUGAGAUGAUCAAGUACGCAUUAACUUUACCAAACGCAGAAGUGGAGACACAUCUACUUGACCUACUCGGCCAUAGUGAAGAAAGCUACAAGUUCAUUUCUAGAUUCCUUGAGCUAAAAAGAGAGGAAGAUGAAAAUAAUUCACAUCAAGCAAAAAGCAAGGUUAAACAGACAUCCAAAAGUUCCUCUCCAAUUCCAAGCAUAACACAGAACGUCAAGAAGAAUAGUGCAUGGGAUCAUUCCUCGCAAACUACGACGAAGAGUAACACGAGGUUGAAAAAUAAUAAAGAUUCUAUCACUAUUUCUGAACUUGCAGAUGUAAAACCUUCGAACAAACUUUCUGGACAACAGGCUAAAAAAACAAAGAAAAAGAAUCUCGACAGUCUCAAGGAUAUCGAGGCUGCACUAAACGAAUUGGAAAUUGAAAAAGCCCAAGAGUCUGUGAGUUUGGAGAGCUCUUCCGUCGUUAAAAGGGUAUGCAAUUGUAUGGCUACCAGACAUCCUCUCUUUGAGGUUGCACCGAAUUGUUUGAAUUGCGGUAAAAUCAUAUGUGUCAAGGAGGGCCUUCAACCAUGCUCGUAUUGUGGGGCAGAGCUCCUCUCGGAGAAAGAGAAGAUCGAGAUAAUAAAAAUUUUGAAUUCAGAGAAGGAAAACUUGAAAAUAAAACUGGCAAAUUCGACAAACAAGCAGGUGCAAGAGCAACCGUCGAAACUAAGUGCACCAAAGAAGAUUAAAGUGGCGAUGUCAGCUGGCGGAAAUUUGUGGAAGGCGCAGGAAGAAGCAUUAAAACAGAUAGAAGAGGAGUCGAAAAAGCAGCGUGAACUAGAACAGAAAGCUUUAGAAGAGAAGAAGGAACUUGAGAGACAACUUCAAGAAAUCGAGCACUAUGAAAGAACAAAAGAUGUAAAUCCUGAUCUUUUGAAAGCACAAGAGAGGCUUGAAACCUUGUUAGAUUUCCAAAGUACUGGCGCGGAGAGGACGAGAAUCAUAGACAAUGCAUCUGAUUUCGAGAUGCCCGACCUUUCCAGUGGCAGCAUGUGGCUUUCUCCUACAGAAAGGGCGCUACAACUCAAAAAACAACAAAAGCAACUAAGGAAAAUUCAACUGCAAGAAAAGGCUCGAACUGGGCGUACAAAGAAGGUUAUGGAGAUGGUGAUAAAGGACGGAAAAGUCAGUAUGGUCGAAAAACAUUUGAUAGAGGAUAACGAACCAGAUGCAAAUGAGAUCAAAGAGCUUGACACUCUUGCCAAACAAGAGAAGGUAGAUCAAGAAUCAUCGAUGAUAAAAAAUUUCUGGGAUUAUGAAAAGGAUCAGGACAAAUGGGAGAAACCUGUUUAUGUCUUUGAGCCUGUGUCCGAAGCACCUAAUGUUGAAUGGAAAGAUAGCAAAGUUCAGCUCGAUAGUUUGGAUAGCAAUGAGCUCGUUGCUAUGCUACCGUCGUGA